AUGGUGCCUGUUUUUAUUGCUCUAAUGAUACUUUUUCACUAUGGCAGCUCAGCCCAGCAGAAGGAAUGUUCUGACCCUGCAGCAAGUCCGGCUACUACACCAUGUAUUAGCGAUAUGUGCCCCAACGGAAUGCAGUGCAUAGAUUCACCAAGAGGACUAUUCUGCUGCGAAAAUGACAAGGUGGUCAGUGCACCAACGACAACGACUUCAACAACUACAACUACAACAACAACUACUACUACUACUACUACCACUCUUACUCCUACUGCUACUACAACUCCAAUUGCAGCAACCACAACAUCUAUUCCAGAUAACACAACAGCGCCAUGUGUUGAUCGCGUUCACCCACGCACUGGCAUCUCGGACUGCCCGCGACUAAUAAUGUUCUGUCGUGUCACUGUUUACUACCAACUCAUGACAGAGCAAUGUCCUCGAACAUGCAAUCGAUGCCCAGAUUCUUCAACAAAUUCAGAAUGCAAAGACAAUGUACAUCCACGCAGAGGAGUGUCAGAUUGCCCAAACAUGGCUAUGCUAUGCAGGAGCACUUUGUACAUGCAACUGAUGUUUGAACAAUGUCCUAAAACCUGUGGUUACUGCACUUAGUCUUGCUUUGAAUAAAUAUGGCG